UUUAUCAGUAGUAACAGUUCCGUCGUGUCCGUCAUUCUUAGUUCGUACCUUGGCGCAAAUAUCUCCUUGCUGGCAAUGUGGAUUAGACGCCAAAUAAUUAUUCUAGUUCACUCCGUCAUCUGUUUUAAUCUAGUCAGUUCCAAGUUCCUAGUGGAGCGACAAGAUGGUUCAAAUUUGCAGGUUUAUAUACAAGGGAUUGGGAACGUACUAGGAUCUCUUGGCCGAACCGCUCGAACCAAUCAGUCUGUUCUAAGGUUUUACAAUAUUCCAUACGCGGAACCACCGACUGGGGCCCUAAGGUUCAAAGCUCCGAUCAAAGCUUCUAGCUGGACCAACGUUCGGGAUGUUAGUCAACCGGGACGAGAAUGUCCGCAGCCGGUCAUUGGGCUUAAUCAGAACAACGAGGACUGUCUCACGUUAUCAGUGUUCACUAAAAACACGGGGGAAAGUUUUCCGGUUAUGGUUUACAUUCAUGGAGGCUCAUUUUACUUGGGUUCUGCUGCUGACCAUCCACCGGAUUACUUGCUGGAACGUGAUGUAGUUCUUGUGGUAAUUCAGUAUCGGCUUGGUCCCCUUGGAUUUCUGUCUACAUUGAGUAACACUAUACCGGGUAAUGCAGCCAUGCUGGACAUUAUAAUGGCCUUAGAAUGGGUUCGCGACCAUAUCAAAGAUUUUGGCGGUAACUCGAAUAACGUAACUGUAUUUGGGCAGUCCGCUGGUGCAGCGGCAACGUCUGCCUUACUCUACAGUCCACUAGUCCCGCAGAACCUGUUCAAUCAAGUAAUUAUCCAAUCCGGUGGAUCGAUAUCUACUUGGGCCGUCGACUCCAAUCCGGUAGAGAAUGCAAAGGAUAUUGCCAAGCAUGCUGGCUGCAGCGAGAGUAUCUCACUUGAAGCGAUCGAGCAGUGUUUGAUGACGGUAUCUACUGAAGUGUUGGUAAAUGCUUUGCCUGUGCAUUUGGCAAAUAUUUUCAUCGAUGGGAAAGAAGAUGUUAGCGGUAUUGGCAUGGUGGUGGGUGGACCAUCAGGUUUUCUACUGAAAAAACCGUUUACCUCCGUUCGUCAUGGUGAAGUUCGUAAGGACGUUCGAGUGAUGGGUGGAGUUACGAAACAUGACGGGUCCUUUCUACUCAAUAGUCUAUACGAUUUUCUGGUUAGUAACAAUCUCACAAAAGACCUUAAAUACAUGCAGUACGAUCUGGUCGAUAGCGUUAAUCGAGCGUUGGGAUUGGAUGAAGAAACGGGAGCUCUAUCGGCUUUUGAAAUUGAUGCACUUUUCAGCGAAAAUGUCUUGCUUAGUGGAAAUUUUUCUCAAAUGGCAAUGGGACUGAUUGACAUUGCCGGAGAUAUAAUUCUCAAAGGACCUGUUUUGAGAGAUAUUCAAGCGAAUGUUAAGUAUAGCGAAAAGGAAACCUAUCUGUACACAUUCGACUACGAAGGAGAACAUACCAGAUUUGGAUACGGACAGAAUACUUCUCACUAUCCAUACGGCGGGGGUGUACAUCACUCAAAUGAGAAUAUCUAUUUGUUUCCGUACCCGGAAGCGGUGACGAAGCUCAACGCGGUAGAUUCCAAAAUGUCAGAGAUAAUGGUCGACUUGUGGACGUCAUUUGCGAUCGAAGGAGUACCUAAGUCGACAAAUGUGCAGCAGUGGCCACCCGUUGAUAGUUUGCUCGGGCCAUAUUUUCAUAUAAAUACACCCCCUUCGAUUGGGUACAACUUCUACCAUGAAUUUUCGGUAUCAGUGCGGGCCGGAGCAAGUGCGGUUAGCCAGUUCUGUCUUUUGGCACUGCUACUUUUGUCAGGGCUAGUGGCCGUUUUUCGUUAGAUUUUCUAUAAGUACUAUGAAAAUAUGAAAAAAAUGAUUCGGUUUGAGAAAAAUCAAGAAAUAAAA